CAGCCGACAAAGUGCUGCGUUUAAAGCACGUUGUUUGAGGAUUGCUGCUGCUGCUUCACCGAGGAAGCCUGCACGAAGUCAUCUCGUCGUACCACUCGUCAACUGUCCGUAAAGGACUCACAGCUCACAACAGAAUGAAGAAAAGGCGUGUUCUCAGCACAUUUCAAGAGAUACAAGAACUCUGUCAUUGAGAAUGCUUGGAAAUGGAAAAUAAGAACCAAGGACUGUUGAAAUGGGAUGAAAACGAGGGAGGUGUCAUAAGUGUACAAAAGGGUUAAGGACCGACCUUUUAAAGAGCAUCGUGAGGCUUUUCCGCACUCCCGCUGAAAGUAUCGCCGACAUGCGCAGGGAAGCCACAGAACUGAUAGCUCUCCUCCACGCUCUUUGUGGCCACUGGACCUUGAUACUGUUGCAUCCGGAGAGCGGUCGCGUGGCGUUGAAGGCUCUGUAUGAGUCGGAAGGAGAAGGACCUGCAGUGGGAGAAACUCUCCCCUGCAGAGUUCCAGCAACUUCAAGAUCUCCAGUCAUAUUCAUCAAAGAAGCUACAAGAUGUGCUGGACGAGUGUAGCGGCACUGGACCCUUGUCGCGCUACUGCCUCGAAGAUGAUAUCGACUUCGAGGGCUUCAGGCUGUUUAUGGACACAUACCUGGAAGCAGAAACCCCCGAGGAGCUGUGCAAACAUCUCUUCCUGUCUUUCGUCAAGACACCACAUGCCAAAGUGCCGGGUGCGAGUGAUGAGGAGGAGGGGGCGGCGGCGGUGUCGUCGCCCACGUCUGCGCGCCACGUGGGAGCCACGUGGGCGUCGGCGAGCAGCCUGGCGCCCAGCAGGCUGGCGGAGCGCCUCGGGCUGGCAGACCGCGACCGGCAGGCCCGCUCCUCGGACGCCGGCGCGCGGCCCCGCACAGGAAGCGUCGGCGCAGCCGUUCACCCUCUGAUGAAGGUGACGCAGACGUCUCAGUCGUGUUACGACGUACACGAGCGAAAGGGACCAGAGGUAUCUCCCAGCCACGAGGCGUCUAGGACAUCAUCUAAGAAAUCCAGUACAUCUGCCUUCACCAAUGGCAGACUAGAAGUUUCUCUUCCAGAGUCGAAAGGUGCUAUACCAAAGAGAAGAAUCAAAGACAAAGACAAAGACAGACACAAAGAAAGAGAAAAAGAGAAAGUAAAAGUGAAAUACAAACGAGAGGAGCUUGACGUCCGGUCGGUGACUGUUCCUCUCAAAGACAUCAUCUGUUACUUGUCCCUCAUAGAAGGAGGACGGCCGGAAGACAAAUUAGAGUUUAUGUUCCGUCUAUACGACACGGACGGUAAUGGUGUACUGGACACUGAUGAAAUCGACUGUAUCGUAAACCAAAUGAUGAAUGUAGCAGAGUACCUAGGAUGGGAUGCCUCUGAGUUGAAGCCGAUCCUGAAGGACAUGAUGGUGGAGAUCGACUACGACGCAGAUGGCACGGUGUCCCUGGAGGAGUGGAAGAGGGGUGGCAUGACCACCAUCCCACUGCUAGUUCUCCUGGGCUUCGAAUCGAGUGUGAAGGAGGAUGGCCAGCAUGUCUGGAGACUGAAGCAUUUCAACAGACCUGCGUACUGCAAUUUGUGCCUUAACAUGCUCGUUGGCCUCGGGAAGAAAGGCCUCUGCUGCGUAUUGUGCAAGUACACGGUGCACGAGCGCUGCGUUCAGCGAGCACCUGCGUCUUGCAUCGCAACCUACGCGAAGUCCAAGAAGAUGUCACAGACCAUGAUGCACCACUGGGUAGAAGGCAACUGCCACGGCAAGUGCGACAAGUGUCGGAAGACCGUCAAGAGCUACAACGGCAUCAAUGGCCUGCACUGCCGCUGGUGUCAUCUAACGCUACACAACAAGUGCGCGUCACAAGUGAAGCCGGAAUGCAAUCUGGGUGAGUUCCGGGUGCACGUGUUGCCGCCAACUGCCAUCUGCCCCAUUGUACUGGACAGACAACGAUCUAUCUGCAGGCCGGGCAGGCGUGAACAGCGCCCCGCCGAAGCCGCAGCCGCAGCCGUCCAGUCGGUGUCAGCCGAACCAGUACCACACCCAGCAACAAUAAUGACUGCGACGACCACCAUGACCACCACGACCACCAUGACCACCACGACCGCAAUGGGCCACUACCAACAUGCAGAAGGAGCGUACCCCCCAAUGUCCUUCCAGAUAAUGCCGCCACCGAACACGUGUCCGUUGGUGGUCUUUGUAAAUCCCAAAUCUGGAGGACGACAAGGCGAACGAAUGCUCCAUAAAUUUCAGUACCUGCUUAACCCCCGCCAGGUGUACAAUCUUGCAAAAGGUGGUCCCAUGGUGGGCUUGACCCUUUUCAAAGACGUAUGCAACGUCAGGGUCAUCUGCUGUGGAGGCGACGGAACUGUGGGAUGGGUUCUCGAAUCCAUGGAUCGCAUCCAAUACGAACAACAACCAGCAGUUGGGGUCAUACCACUUGGGACCGGAAACGACUUAGCAAGAUGCCUACGCUGGGGCGGAGGCUAUGAAGGAGAGAACAUCGGCAAAAUACUUAAGAAAAUAGAACGUGCUUCCCAGGUAAUGAUGGAUCGAUGGCAGAUCGAAGUUAUUCCAGAGUGCACGAGCGGAGACGAAUUACCGGGAGAUCCAGUGCCUUACACAAUCAUCAACAAUUACUUCUCUGUGGGUGUGGACGCUGCCAUAUGCGUGAAGUUCCAUCUGGAGAGAGAGAAGAAUCCAGAGAAGUUCAACAGCCGCAUGAGAAACAAGCUCUGGUAUUUUGAAUUCGCAACAUCGGAACAGUUUGCAGCAUCCUGCAAAAACCUCCAUGAAGAUAUAGACAUCACGUGUGACGGCGUCGCGCUGGAGCUGGCGGGCGGCCAGUCGCUGCAGGGUGUGGCGCUGCUCAACAUCCCGUACACGCACGGCGGCUCCAACCUGUGGGGCGACCACGGCAGCCGGCGCAUCUUCCGCCGCCGCCGCAAGCGUGCCGGGCCCGCCGACACCGGCAGUGCCAUUCAAGCCUUCAAGGCGCAGGACAUCGGCGACCGGAUGAUUGAGGUGAUCGGGCUGGAGAACUGCCUCCACAUGGGCCAGGUCCGCACGGGUCUGCGGGCAUCUGGUCGCAGGCUGGCGCAGUGCUCAUCCGUAAUCAUCCGCACUCGCAAGCGCUUCCCCAUGCAAGUGGAUGGAGAACCGUGGAUGCAGCCGCCCUGCACGAUUAAAAUUACACACAAGAACCAAGUUCCAAUGUUGAUGGCUCCACAGCCGGAAAGAGGAAGAGGAAUCUUCCGUUACUUAAGGAGGUGAACCAUUUACCUCGUGGCGAAUGGUGACAAUAAAAUAUGGAUACUUGUAAAUUUUAUUGUAUUUUUGAUGUUACACAUAUCAUUUUUAUUUACGUAAUGUGGUAACACAAAAAGUAAUUGUUGAUACCUUCAAUUCUGUCACUUAAUCCUUUUUAUUUAGUGUUUUGAAUAUUCUUUUAAAGUGCAAUAUGUAGAUUCUUUCCUGACUAUAACUUCCCAUGUUUCUUUAAGGCAUAUGUGCUUUUUAUUGAGUGUAGCACGAUAUAUGCAUAAAAAAGAAAAAACUAUUUAUUUUGCCUCAUAAAAGGCUGCAAAUUGCUCUGUGCCAAUAUAUAGAUAUAUAAACACAACAUUCAUGGUGUAAUUUGCUUGCAAUGCUAUAGUCUGAAAGAUCAUUGUGAAAAAUUAUGUACUGUACAAACAACUGAGUGUACUGGAAUAAUUUUUCAUUCACAUAAUGAUCUGUCAGAAGAAUUUUCUGCAGUAUAUUUUAAGCACCAUCUUUGUCAGUUGCCCUUUAUUGGUUAGUAUGGAUGUUACUUAGAUGGAUGCAGUACUUGUUCACCAGAAACUGUGUAACAGUAACACUGCUACAUGCUGUUACCAGUGGUGAGUAAGAGUUACUGCUUUUGGUAAGGUAUAUACAUUGUGUUACAAACAUAACUUUCGUUAUUUUAAAAGUAUUACUACUAUUAUAAGAGUAUCAUUAUUAUUGUUGAUAUCAUAUCACCAUUAUCAUUUCUGCCAUCUUCAAUGACACUGUUUAAACUCCAUUUCAUGCAAUGUGCAAGGUUAAAGCAUCUGUAUUUCAGUUUGAAAGGAAGAGAUAUCAUCUGACUUACCUGUAGGAAAACCUGAUAGCACUUGUGGAGACAAGAACACACAGAAUAAAGGAGCGCUCUUUUUUAGUGAAGUUAACGGAAAACAACAGAAAAGUGUUACGACUAGCAACAUUUAUUUGUUACUGAGUUUCCCAAUUCUGCAUGUAGUCUGCUGGAGUAAGGUGUGUUCAGUGUGACAGCAAAUACUUAUCCGAAUUAAUGGUUUAUUCUCUUAUCUCUAAGAGACUUACAGGCAUAUUUUCAUGUCAUUUCGACAUUCGAAUCCACUAAUGUCCACAUUCUGUAAAUUAGAAGCUAGUUGUGCGGUUUUUUUUCUGAAUAUAUAGUACAGUCACUGUAAAGGCUGACAGACAACCAUUGAUUGUUUUUCUUUCAGGUAUAUUUCUAAAAUAUUUUUAUGUGUUUAGAGAUUUAUAUGGUCUGUUGUCAAUCAUUUUAACCACGUAAUACUUAAUGACUUCAGGAUUUAGGUUUUAGAAACGAAUAAAUUUCAUGAUCGAGACAUUAUAUACUUUUUUCGCCUUAUAUCUAUUUAUUUACACAAUGUGAGUUGUGGUGCCUUCCUAUCUGCAGGUGAGGAUGUUCUCACACUGAAGGCUGAUUUGAACUCAAAGUGUUUUAGAAGUUGUUGUCACAAUAUAAUUUGUUUGGCCAUGUUUUGAUGCACCUUGCGAACCAGCUCAUACAGUCAUUUAUUGGAGGACUUACAUUUUCAUCCCAAAUCCGAAAAAUAGAACCACUUGACUUUUUCACAUGCACUGUGAAUUUUCAGAAAAGAUGGUCACAUUAAGUGCAAGAAAACAAAGAUCUACACCAACUGUGAAUUAAACCCUAGAUCUUAGAAUGUACAGAGGGAGACUUAACUUUAAUGCCAUAGAACCACACUUCGUAAUUCUCAUUGAGAAGUAUUGUUAUCGAAUUCUCCAAGGUCUCUCCAUAAUAUGAAAACAACAGUACAAAAUAUUGGAUGGAGUUAUGCAGAAAAUAAAAUAUCCACCAAUCGUAACAAUGAACUAGUGUACAGUGGAUGUUUCCCAAAACUUAAAAAAUGUACAAGAAUUGCAUACAAUCUUGCAUUACUUUAACAUAUUUCAUGGUGAUUUAGAGAGAACAGCCAGGAGGAUAGGACCUUAUAUGCACUUGAAGAACGUUAGAAAAAGGGCUGUGACAGACAGGACAACUCCAUUCCUUUUCGCAAUACAAUAGGUCUUGGAAUGAGCAAAAACGAAAAGAGAAACAGAUAUGUGGUGGAGUGUCAAAUGAGAAUGGAAAUAAUGGAAUGAAUAACUAACUCACCAAGAGUUCAUAGCAUUAUGUAACUGAACAAAUAAAAAUAAAAUAUUAAAAACGAAAUAAGUCAGAUGAGGCAGUUGAGGCAUGAGCUCCAGAUGGUUUGAAGUUUAGGAAAAAGCUGAGCAUAGAAAACGUGAUGUUGCUUCAACUUAGAACUAAAGAGGAAACUCAUGUUUUAGAAAGCAGUGGUGAGACUGCAGUUAAAUAAUAAGUACCUCAGUCGAGGCUUGUUUAACAAUAGUAUUGUUUAAUUUAGUCUCAAAUACUUUUGCGAAGGAGUCAUGUACCUUUACAAUACAAUUCAACGCCAGCACUACAUAUGUGAAUUAGAAAAUGUAGUUAUAUGUUGCUAAAGCAUGAUACUGCUUCUUUGCAGACUGAUUUUUCUGUGAAGGGAUGGAUGAUUUUCUUUGUCAGUCCUCCAGUUGGUGCAAUGGAAAUGAGGAUAUGAUAAAAAGGAGGUGAGGCACUAAAUAUCAUAGAAUUAGGGUUGUUCACAGUUACAUCACUGCCAGAGAAUAAUUGCAUUAUGUGAUUACUGUCAGACCUCCCACUGGCAUUGUGAAGAAAAUUGCUACCGUAGUCGAUAGUGACCAUAGCAGAUUACUUUAAAAACUGUAAAUGUCUUGAAAUCUUUAGUAAUGUAUUAUACUGCUACCAGCAUUUUUCAACAAAAAUAACACAAAUACAUUUUGUCUGAUAGCAGAACAAAUAAAUAACCAUUCUUAUUAUAAGUUUCAAGACGGUAUUCAGAUGUUAAUUAGAUUUGGUCUUCAUUGAGCUAGUGCAUAUGGCAUCCACAUGCCCUGUAACUUGUCAUUCUGUUUAUUAGUCACAUAUAAAACUCUUACAACUCUCAAAUUUUCAGAGAUUUUGGGAAAAUUAGAAGGAUUUCAUCUAAGCUUUCUGUAACCAGAAAUACAGAACGAAUUUGCCAUGUCUACUUUGUCUUCUCCACUGUGAAAAACUGCAUUCAGUAAAGCUCUGCUUAGGAAUUACCAAUCCUCAACACACCAUUUCCACAAUACGAUUGCAGGAAUGAUGUAUUAUUACUUAUAUGUUUACAACUUAUAAUUUAUAACACUUUUCUUAACUACUUUAGAUUGUAUCUGAGAUAUGUGAUAGUAAACCAAAAACUGUAAUAUCGCUGCUUGUUAAGCAUAACUUCAUAUCUUACACAUACAACACUCCAACAAGCAAUGCAGCCUACCUCAGUUUCAGUUUCCAUGUAUUGCACCAGGUUCACUACAAUAAUGCAACAUCUGUUACAUUCAUUGUUGCAUUAUUUACGCAAUUAAAACUGCGGUAGGAGCCAUUUCUCCAAUAAAAGUAUAAACAGGAAAGAAUCUACUACAACUAAGAUGCAUAAAAGGAAGUCACACAAACUGUAACUUUUUGAAUCAGAGGUUUAUUCAGCUGGGAAAGGAAAGAGGAGACUGGGAAUUAAUUAGUAUCCUAAGUAAGGAAAGAAACCACAGGACAGUUUGUUGCAAAAAUCGAUAGUGGAAGGCAAAGGAACAUGUGAGAACGGAUAUGUAUUAUUGUUUCCUACACCUAUAUAAACAUUUCUAAUAAACACAAUCAAAGUGAUCAUCUCUGACACCAGUUCCUCCAAGAUGUGCUAUUAUAAAUUAACUCUCCCUUCCAUUUCACACUUGAGACGUUUCUCUCUUGUUUCCCUCCUCCUUGUGGUCUUCUCUUGACAUGUUGUCAAGCACCAUCUCUUGUACCAGAUUACACCAGUUAUUCUGUUGUCACAGAAAGGUGUCUUUGUUAGAUUCUUCAUGUUACCAAAGCAUUGUUAAAUAAAUUUUUUACACUAAGCUGCAAAUACUGUAGCAUCGUUCACUGUGGUCUCUUCAUAGUUUGUAGCAUCAUUGUUUCCUGAAGUUAGUAAUGAGCGGCCUUCCCCUGUACAUAUCUUUUUGUAUAGUCACUUAUACACAAUAUUUUUCUGAGAUGAUAAACAUAUUUCAGUAGCAUAUGCAGCCUAUAAUUUUUAUUUAUUUUUCUCCUAGAAGAUUAGUCAUCACCUACUUCAACUUACAUGUGGUAUCACUUUCUUUCCUUUACUUUAGUGAUACCUACACCCGCUUUCUCUACUCAUACAAUACAACCAGUAAUACUGUGAAUUAAGUACGAUUUCCAUGUUAAUUUUGUCAGAAUUACUUCUAAGGUUAUUCGUUACACAACGUUAUGAGCUGUAUAACAAUUUCUAUAUUAAAUUAUAUGUGUUGUGCACUUCCCAUUUGUUAUUAACACAGAUGAAAACAUAAUUUUCAUACCCAUUUAUAUGUUUCAGUUUCACUUGUUUGAGGAAAUGAAUCCAUGUAAAUUUGUACACCAAAGAUUAAUAUAGAUGAUAGUGUAUAUAUUAUAGUAAAAAUGUACUUAUUAAAUACAUUCAGGAUUUUGCAUAUUUUUUUACUUUGUAUUCAAAUUAAUUUCCUAAUAUAGUAUGUCAAGUUAUCUAAGAAUUUUAAUAUGUAUGAAAUUGUGAUAAAUAUAUAAAGAAAUAUCAAUCUUUAUGUGAUACCACAUGAGGUUGCUGUUAUUGUAAUACUAUUAUUCAUGCAUGAUGAACUACAUAAUGAAUCAGUAGCUGAGUCUAUAUAUUGCAAUUUAGGACUUUGUUGAUCAUAUAUAAUAAUCUCAGUUUUAAUUGAGAUUACAGAAUAUACAUAUAAAAGCAUUUACAUUACUUUCGAAAUAUAUACAGAAUAAAUAAAUACACAGUAUUGCCUCUACAUCAUAUGAUCCAUUUUGCGAAAACAGCCAUAAUUUCUGAUAAUGCUUUUAGACAAGAAAUCAAUUUCUCUUGGUUUAUGUGUGAGAAUAACUCUUGCCAUAAAAGGCAGUAGUUUUUCUAUCAUUUAAAAAUAUUUGCCUUCCAUUUAAAGCAAACACUUUUUAGUAUGUUGUUCUUAAGUAAGACAAUAACCGUUUUGAAGAUCUGUUAGAUCAUAUGAGUUCUUUGAUAUUGUGAAAUUAAAACAAAUUGAUGCUUUUGACGGUUUUACAUGCGACCAGUGCAUGGAUACACUGUUGCCAGCUUGAACUGAAGGAAGCACACUUAUUUUCACAGUCUAGUAUUUAACAGGCCAUCAUUGAAACUAUAUUAAUUAAUAAAUAUAGAACAGCCUUGGCAGUUUACUUAAGUCAAUGAAUACUUUAUAAAUAUAAUUAUGAUAUAAAUAGCUCAACUCUAAGGUAUAAUCAUUGCUGUCCUCUUUCUUUGACACGGAACUAGUGCUGGGGCUGAUAUAUCAGCUCUUUGAUUUUUUCUUCCAGCAGUUCUUCAUGGAUCCUCGUUUCUCCAAAUACCCUGUUGUAUGGCUAGCAGCUCAAGACCACUCCUGUGGGUAACAUUAACAAUAACUUUUCUUAGUCUGCAUCUUCACCUCCCUGGACCUGGUAGCAUUGCCUUUUGGGCUUUUACAGUAUUUAUUAAUUCUGAAUUAUUCAUUCUUGGUACAACUUUCUCUGAUAGAAUAUUUCUCUGUAACCAGGAAAAAAAUCUGCUUUCUUCCACUGCACUGUUGGAGCUAUGUGUAACACAACACAGUGGUGUGACACAUCAUCAGUCACUAUUGUUGAUUUCUUGGGGAAUUUUUUAACAGAAAACUGGAAAAUAUUUUCAAGAAAAUUGUAGUGCUCAUCACCUCAUGAUAGUCCCUUUGCUUUCUAGGAAUAAUCAGCAAUUAACUGUUCUGUCCACCGCUCUUGAAACAUUUAUAGUACGACCCCCAAUAUUACAACACAGUUCAAAGUACUGAUGCACAGAGCAUACAAAUUUGUGACCUUGUCCAUUGAUUGGAAUCCUCCUUCCUGCCUUUAAUACCUUUGAAGCCAGCGAACGUGUUCUUGGGGCACAUAUUGUAUGAUAAACCUCGCCUUGAUGUUUAUCACACUGCUACUAAAUCGAUUCUGAUACUAUAAUACUAGUUCACAGUAACAACUGAAUAAUGCAGAACAAUACAAUGCUUGUAAAAAUACUACAUUUCACAAAGUAAACAGAGGAACACAGGACCAACGGAUGCUCGCUAGCAUGUACUGUCAUUCUACAUUUUACUGACGAGGUAGUGACAGGAUGAGCUACAGCUGCUGACUAGUUAUGUGGACAACAGCAUCAUGUUCUACCAGUGUGCCGAAGUGUCAAAUGUCACAAUUUAUUUUAAUCACAAUACAGAGAAGGUGCCAUUUGAUAUGAUACGAUUUUUGUCUUUCUCCACCCAGAGCUCCAGACACAAGGUUGGUAGGUUACCACAACAUGGCGUAAAAACCAUUGUAAACUUGGUACUUCUCAUUCAUUCAAAGCUUUUAUGAAGUUAGUCAUAUGAGUCACCAAAAAAAUACUGGGACCAAGUGAGAUCUGAUCCUCAUGCCUAUUCUGAGAUUUAAUCUUUAUAGAUUUCUCAUGUUUAUUCUGAGAAGUUUUUCGCAUUACUUAAUUUUAGACAUGAGAUAUGCUGUACAUAGCAUAAAAAAAAUUUCACUUUCUGUUUGGACGGUCAAUAAACUGCACCUGUGAAACUGUGAGCCUUUCCAGAGUAAGGGCGAUAUGCCCUACCAGUCAGAAAUAUGAAACGUCAGUCAGUCACAAAUGAUAUGAAAUGAAUAUGUACUGUCUGUGGCAAAUUCGUUACUUGUUUGGCAAUAAUAAAUGUACACAGGCAAUAAUUUUCGGAUAAAAUCUUUGAAAUGGCAAAACAAAUUACAAUGAAAUUCAGCACAGUAUGGGAAGAAACUUUAAGGGAACACUAGACAGAUUGAUCUAGUUAAAUCGCUGAAUCUAAAGUCAACUGUAGCGUCAUAAGAAUUUUAAUCAAUAAGAAAACAACUAGCGUGAAGGAAUGCACCACCAAGGGACUUAGCUACAUAAUUCUGAGAUGAGGACAUAAUCUACUUUGAAAUGUUCUACACUAGAUAAUUAAAGUUUAUUGUAACCAGACUUGCGUAACAAUAUGACUAUAUCAGAGGUUUUUUCCAUUCAUUUCUGAGUCUUGUCAACAGCAGUAAUACGCAGCUAACUGGCUCUUCUUAGGCAUCCUGAACGCUCAAUGUGUUCAAAAUCUGAACUCAGGUAUCUCUUUUUUUAUCUCAAGCUCUUCCAUAGUUUUUCUGCAUACGCUACCAGGUGCAUUUUAUUUGGUCAGUUUUUUUCUUAAUCUUUCUCUUCUUUCUUUUCGUUCUUCCCUUGCAUUCUUACAGGCUCUACUUUACUUGCUCACUAUCUUUCUACUUCUAACUCCCAUAUCCUUUAGUGCUACUACUCUAGCCACAAAUGUGCAAGAAAUUUUACAUGCCCACGAUUUAAUUUUCUUUUCUCUACAUACUGUCCAUUAAAUUUAAAUGAAGAAUAUCAAUAUUAAUUCCAGUCACAACAGUUAUGGAUUGUUCAAUGAUCAAUCAUCACUUUUUUUGUGAUUCUGAUAAUGUUUCUGUUACAAAAGGACUGUGUAUUUACCAUAUGUUGAAACUGCAGCGGAGCUGACUAGUACUCAGUUUAUGCUUCGAAAUGUAAUUUUCUUUCACACUCCCUCUAGGGGCUGUAAUUUGGUUACAGGCUACCACACACUCAUCUUCUGUCAUAAAUAUUGCCCAUGUAUUCAUCUGUGCCCUGUCCUUUCUCUUGAGAAUUAUUAUAAAUUUCUUCAAGUAAUGUCCCACUGUACUGCCUCUUACCCCAUCCUAAAAUUCUUAAUCCAUUUGUUUUGUCAAGUGGUACUAGUGCAAGUAUCCUUCUCUCCUUGUCUAGUUUGACACAACGCAUGCCUGAAGGCUCCAUAAGCAUGUAAAAUGAAAAUAUCAUUUCACUGUGCAAUUUGUCUGGCAUUGGGUCGCUGCCUUAGCUCUCUAUGGUGUUCGUUGUGCAUUUCUGUAGGGAUUUUCAGCUGUAACAAAAGUUUUAAUACAUAGUCAAAGUCUAGUUUCUCUUCGACACUAGUAUGUACUUUUCACAGUGAAGUGUUUUAAGUGCACUUUUGUGACUAAGAUGUUUUCCUAUAAAUAUGGUUCUUUACAGAAUCGGUUAUAGAAUAUGUUAUAAAACUCAUAGAGACAUUAUCACAUCAUGAUGAAGUAACUAGAUGUUGCAAAAAUGAAACUUGUAACAUAGAAUGACCUUUACAUCGGUUUUUUAGUACAUAAGAUGAUGAGAAAGGAUAAUUUUAAAAUGUAUGAAAUAUUCAUUAAAAUUUAAUCUUAAUUACAUACAUAAGCUUCAACAGUGAGUUUAAGAUUAACACCCCGAACAUCAGGUUAAGUGUUAUAGUACAUUGAUUUUUCAUAUAGUUGCAGUAAUGCUAUCAACUCUAGAACCACACAUACAAAGCUGCAUGGAUAUUCAUCUUGUGAGAGUAGCCUUCAAGGUAAAACAUGCAAUCUAUACCUGUACAAAAAAAUAAGUAAGCUGUACAAAGAUGGUUUUAAAGUGAUGUCACUGACAAGCAAAGUUAUCCAAAAAUGAUGAAUGUGGAGCGAAAUACAACUAGUGACUGUGCAUGUAAGCCAGAAAUUCUCAAACUAAAGCAUUUGAUGGAAUUAAUAGGAUGAUGUAUAGCUGUUGGUGUGAUAUCAUUAACAGUAUAACUAGUCUGGCCUUGCAUGCAGCUAUGUUUUUGGCCAAGAAUCUGGAAUGUCUACAUCAAAUCCUUCCUCUGUUGUGAUCUUACUUUUUAGAUGACCUUUCAUCUUUAAUUUCUGUUAGCACUUAAAUACUAGAGGUGAUGAUAAGUAUCUUCAUUGUUCUUUAGCACAGGUUUUAGUCGUUUCUUUCUUUGUUGGACUACACAUUUGAAUGAUACUCUUUAUAAUUCUUUUACUGGGGUACUUGAAAACAUUUUAAGACCAACUGUUUCACAGUGAGUUAAUUUUCCUGUCUCACGAUUAUACUGCAAACUCUGUUAACAAUAGUAGUUUAAAUAGAGAUACACUUUUUAAAAAUUUUUUAAUAAACAAAUAUCCACCCUUUGCACAAGAUUUCUAAACAAUGACAUUUUAUUCAAACAUUUUCAGUGAAUAGAGCUUACAAUGGUGAUAGCCCCAAAUUUUUCAUGGUAAUAUCACUGCUGCAGUUUUUCAAAACUCUGUUACUAUGUACUAUCAUUGCUUCAUUAUGUACAUCUUCUGAAUGGUGGUGGUCAUCUUGUCACCAGGUACAUGGUGAGGAAUAUUGUUGAAAGGAGACUAAUUUCAGAACCCCCCUCACUGGAGUUUUUCAAAUCAUGUUUCUCUCUUCUGAACAAAAAUCUACAGCUAUAAGAUAUCUAAAAAGAUGAAUACAUGGUUCUUAUUUUAUAUUUUCCAUCUUUAAGAAAAUCUUCACAGACGUAUACAUAAGCCAUAUUUUAAUCAGAAUUGUAUACCACUCACAUUCCUCAUUAUUUCAUGUUUGCCUUUAUUCCUAAAAUCAAUAGGUUCAUACACCUGUAUGCUGUGCAAAGUUUGAUAAAACUAUAAAAUCUCCAUUUUUUUCUUUCUAUUUCGUAACAUAAUUUAGGAAUGAAUUUGAUAUAAAUGAGUCAUGGUCAAGUUAAUCUUGGUGAGCCUAAGUCCUGUCAGUAUCAAAAAUUCAGUGACAGUUCCUUUCAUAGAAUCACUUACAUCAACCCACAUGUGUUCACUAAUCUCAUCUAUAAUUCUUAGAGUUGUAUGAUAAUAUGUAGAACACUUUACAUCGUAUUCAUUACCAAUAGUAUCACACCAUAAUUCAUUGUACCUUAAAUUGAACCAAGUUAGCAAUAUAUAUGUUAUAUUGCUAUACAAAUUAACAAACCUAUCAAAUUAAGAAACAGCUAUGUCCUACAAACGAUCACAAUUUUGAGAUGAUCUUUAUUACCAUCUUCAUAAUAGAGAGAACCAUUUAGGAACAAAUUAACAAUGCUAAUGUAUCAACUACCAUUUCACAUACUGGUAGUGAUUAACAAAUUAUGAAUCUUUUAAUUCUUGUAUCAAGUUGUUCAGCAUCAUAAAACAUAAUGCCUCACAUGGCAUAAUUACUGGAAAAACGUAGAUUAUAAAUGUUACAUAGCUAUUCCACCAUUCCCAAAGCUUUCUUCCACAUCACGAAUAUAGCCUUGUUUCUGCAUCAUCUAUAAAUGAAACAUUGUUGGCACACUAGCGGUACAGAAAUACGUUUUUUAAAACUCUAGUAUGAAAUUAUGUUGUCACUAUAUACUCGCUCAUCUCUACUUUACCAUUUAAUUAUCUGUCACAAAGACUGAUGACUCUGUUGUCAACCAGUAUUUAGUUGUAUCUUGGUUAAACCCAUAUCUCUGAUUUGUGAAUGCCAUCCGUAUCAAUCAGCCUGACAACUCAUUUCUUUAUGCCAGUUUGUGAAUGUAAUGAAAUCUAAAUCAUUACUUAUUUGUUUAUCCAUCAGAUAAGCAACUGUGUUAAUCAAUACUUUACUCUUACAAAAUAUCUAAAACCGCUUUUCUCCUCUUUACAUCAGGUAUUUUAUGUAUCACAGUCCUUUAAGAAAAUAGAAGUUUGUGCUGUGAAACAGGGUUCUGAUUUCUGAAAAAACUUCAAAUUAUUCAUACAUGUGUGAAGUCUCUUUUAGAAAGCCUUGUCUGGUAGAUCCCUAAUAUAUGAUUACUAUGUGCUUGUUCAACGCAUGUUGAACACAUUAAGUCAAAUAAAAUUAUUUUUCUACAUCUUUAUGGCAAAUAUUAAUGAAAGACUCGGAUGCUGUUUUCCACAGUACUGUUACAAACAGGCUUACCUCAAAUAUGGAGAGAACAGUAGGGUUACUGCACUCAGUCUGAUUCAUUUUAAAUAUUUGAGAAAGAACUUAGCCACACAGAGGCUGAAAAAGUACUGACUGUAUUUAUGCUAUCUAGCAUCCACUUGUAAUUAUAAUUUUAGAGCAAGACAUGAUCUAUUUUUCCUAAAAAUCCAUACUAUUUUUAUGUACUUACGAAUAACAGCCACCUCAUAAGGCCAGAAUCAUUAAAGAAAAACCAAAUGUUUAAGCUAUAGCAUUUAAAUUUAACAUGUCAAAUGAUGUUGGGUCAUUAUACAUUUAUUUUGAAAUAAUCUGCAGCAAGUUAUGGAACUUAUUGUGUCCAUAAUGUAUGUAUGUCAACAAAAUUAUAACUAAGGCACCAGAACAUGCCACUUGUGUGUAUAUAAUAUUUUAAAUUUUGAAUGAACUGUAAAUUAAUCAGUAUGUUUUACUACUUGUAGAAAGGUUACCACAUAGCUACUAAAAUACAUGUUAUAGUGUUAUAUUAACUCUGUGCGUUACAGACACAGUGAACUGCUCUGAACUGAAUGGCAGUGAGCUUCAUCUAUACUCUUUGAACUUGAAGCAGUGUACAACAGCAUCUGAAAAAAAACUAUUACUCCUAUCUCAUGACAUUACUUUUGGAUAAAAGAAUCACUACUGAGUACAUAACUGAAAGAAGAUAUGUUCACCAUAUGACCCAGUUCCUUGACUGGGGUCAUAACUGAGGCCAUAGCCCAGACCUACCGUUUUACUGAUCAGUGUCAGUGAGCGUAUUGUGUUUAAUAUUGUGAAACCAUGAUUAUCGGACACUGCUUAGGAAAGUGCAAUUUUUGUUAACAAGGACAUCGCUAGCUGCUUAGUGUGUUAUGUUCAAUCUUAUGUGUACAUUCAUGACAUAGUGGAACAGUGUGACCCACAGUGUACUUUAUUGUAAAUAAAAGUAGAAAUAUAUUGCUCAACAGGCAGUGUGCUAAAGUGGAAAUAAGCAUAAAUAUUCUAAACAUAUAGCAGCACUGCAUGAUGGGAAAGCAAAUAUUUUUGUCAAUUUCAACUGGUAACAUGUGUGAUACGAAUAGUCUGUAAAUAGUUCUCUCUAUAGUUCUCAGUCAUAGCAAUAUAAUUGCCAUAAGUGCAAAUAAUGUAUAAAUUUAAAAGCCUUUUUUCUGUCAUCCAUGUUUCUUGUACAUAGCUAUUUAAAUAGUGUGGAGAAUAAAUGAGCAAACACAAAUUUGAUAUCUAUAUACACCAGUAUUGUGUGUGAAGAGAGAGAGAGAGAGAGAGAGAGAGAGAGAGAGAGAGAGAGAGAGAGAGAGAGAUUCUUUCGUGAGGAACAUUGUAUGUCACAGAUGCACAUUUCCAAACAUAUAUUGUAUUUGUUAUGUGACAUGCUAUGGUUUCAUUAUGUUAGCCUCUCAAACAAAUGUAUCUACAGUAGCAAAUAUUUAUAUGUGUAACAUGUUCCUUGACAUCAUUCAUUUAUACAUUUACAAAAUGUAUGAUGUGAUACAUAUGAGUAAUGUAACCUUACUUUUACUCUUAUCUUUUUUAAGUACACACUCAAGCUCACAUGGGGCUUAAGAAACUCUAAUGUUACAUGCUCAUAAAUGGAGAUAUGAAAAAGUCAGAGUAAAAUUACAUACACAAGUUUAACUACAAUACUUAUUUCUUUCUUAAGUAAACGGUCUUACUGAAAACUGUUUAAAUGCAAUUUCUAUAAAUACACUGGUGACACCAAAUAAAUAAAUUUUUGUAUAUUAUAUUCAUUUUAAAAGUUUGGAAUACUUAUUGUAGUUAAAUUAUUAUGUGAAAAUAGUUAUUCUCAUUCGUUAUGUCAAAUAGUAUUAAGCUGUUCAUAUUCAGUAACUUAUAUGCUUGAAUAAGCCAAAAUUUUUAAAAUAAAGUUGCUUACAACUUGUUUU